AUGGCUGUCGAGUCUGAAAGCAGAGCUCGCUCGUAUGGCCUGCGCAAGCGUCGAUCCUCCCCUGAGCUGCAGAGCCCCCAUGACGACAAGUCUACGCUGGAGCAGGUGCUUGCCACCGCCCGCAAAGUGGUCAUAUUCACUGGCUCGGGCCUGUCGGCCAGUUCAGGCAUGUCCACCUUCAGCACCAAGGGAGGGCUGUAUGAGCGAGCGCAGAAGCGUUUCCGGGUGGUAGACGGCAAGUCCCUCUUCACCUACGCCUUCUACGCCAAGCACCCCCGCCCCGCUCAGGCCUUCCUGGCAGAGGUGCAUGGGGAGGCGGUGCGCGCCACGCCGGCCCCCGGCCACUACGCGCUGGCGCUGCUGUGCAGCCUGGGCCGCCUCUCGCGGCACUACACCCUGAACAUCGACGGCCUGAGCCAGCGCGCCUCCUCCGCCUUCUCCUACAGCAAGGCCUGCGCCUGGCACCCAGACGACAACCCGGGAGGCCUCCUGGUGGAGCUGCACGGCAGCAUCCACCAGUUGGUGUGCGGCGCCUGCGGCGCGACCCGGCAGGCCGCCCCUGCCCAGGUGUCCACGCUGAGGGCGGAGGGCCGCGUCGCCUGCCCCUGCGGCGACCCGGCGGGCAUGCGCUUCCGGGUCAUGCUGUACGACGACGCGGAGGGCGAGCGCAUCACGCCCGACGCCGUGCUGGACGUGAUGGAGGGCGACGUGAAGGCCGCGGACGUGGUGCUCUGGGUGGGCAUCUCCUUCCAGCAAUCAGCCUCCACGCACUACUUCCGCUGUGUGCGGCGCUGGCUGGCCGAGGCGGGGCGCACGCAGGCCUGCCCCCAGGCCGUGGUCAACCCCAGUGACGAGGCGGUGUGGAACCUGCGCACCGCCUCCAGCAACCUGUGUGAGCAGUGA